AAUUGUUGCGACGUUUAGGUUAUUUUUUCUAAAUCUACAGAUUUGAUGCAGUUUUCUUAAAGCACAUAAAAAUCCGAAUAUUUAGAACGGAAAAAUUGAGUUGAGUUUUCAAAACGAUACGGGAAAAAAACAAUUGCAAAGUCCGUGGAAGUGACGUCAACGCAAAACGAGGCUGCGAUUGGUCGUGGUACACGUGACUGUUUAGCUCAUCACUUCCGUUUCGCGGGUAAAUCGUUCCGAGACCGUUUUCAACCGUGCCGGUUGUUUAUUGUGCUGUCGUAGAGUCGUUUAAAGCAAUAUCGACGUAAAUAUUAUUUCACUGAAGCCACGACGCUUUAAAGGCGUUCGAGGAAUCAAACAUGCACGUACUCAAACGCGAUGGACGCAAGGAACCUGUACAUUUCGACAAGAUAACUGCAAGAAUCGAGACACUAUGUUAUGGUCUGGACAUGAAUCAUGUAGAUCCAUCUGCGAUCGCGCUUCGGGUUAUAACCAAUUUACGUUCUGGAGUAACAACUAUCGAAUUGGAUAAUUUGGCAGCUGAAACUGCGGCAACUAUGAUCAACCAGCAUCCAGAUUACGCAACCUUAGCAGCUAGAAUUGCCAUAUCCAAUCUGCACAAGGAAACAAAGAAGGUCUUUAGUGAGGUGAUAGCUGAUUUGUAUCAUGCAAAAAACUCAGUCACGAAUAAAUGUUUGCCUAUAAUCAGUGAGAAAUAUUAUCAGAUUAUCCAAAACAAUGCAGACAAGUUAAAUUCUGCAAUAAUAUAUGAUAGAGAUUUUAAUUAUAGUUAUGUUACAUUUAAAAUGCUUGAGAGUAAUCACUUGUUGAAACUGAAUGGAAAAGUUGUUGAAAGGCCGCAGCAUAUGUUGAUGCGAGUGGCUGUAGGUAUUCACGGUGAAGACAUUGAUAAGGUUAUUGAAACAUAUAAUAAUAUGUCAAAACACUACUUUGUACAUGCUGCUCAAACGAUAGAUACCGCAUGUACUGUUACACAACAGAUGGCUAGCUCAUUUUUGUUGACAAUGUCUGGUGACAGUAUAGAUGGAAUAUUGGAUACAUUGGAACGAUUUGCUAUUCUUUGUCAUCAUAAUGGCGAAAUAGGCUUUAAUGUACAUUGCAUUCGGGCAAAGAAUACACCUAUAAGGGGAACAGGGGGUGUGUCGAACGGAUUAGUGCCCAUGUUGAAAGCAUACAAUACGUCUAUUGCAACUGUAUCCAAAAAUGGCAGAAGUGAAGGACCGAUUACUGUAUAUUUGGAACCAUGGCAUUCCGAUAUCUUUGAGUUCUUGGAUCUCAAAAGGAGUAUUGGUGAGGAACAGUUGAGGGCAAAAGGCAUGUGUUAUGGACUGUGGACUCCAGAUUUAUUUAUGAAACGUGUUUAUAAUGAUGAUAUGUGGAGUUUGAUGUGUCCACAUGAAUGUCCUGGAUUAAUUGAAGCUUGGGGUGAUGAAUUUGAAGCUUUGUAUACCAAAUAUGAAAAGGAAGGACGGUCUCGAAAACAAGUUAAAGCCAGGGAUUUGUGGCUCCUCAUCAUUCAGAUACAAUAUGAAACAGGAGUGCCGUAUAUAGUUUAUAAAGAUCAUUGUAAUCGUAAAUCAAAUCAUCAAAAUUUGGGCACAAUUAAAUGCAGUAGUUUCUCCACUGAAGUAGUUCAAUAUUCAAGUUCCAAUGAAGUCGCCAUGUGUAAUAUGGCUUCAAUCGCUGUUAACAUGUUCGUGAAUUCUACUAAGAGAACUUUCGACUUUUAUAAACUUAAGGAAGUAGCGAAAAUCGUUACCUACAAUUUGGAUAAAAUGAUUAACGUUAAUUUUUAUCCUCUCCCAGAGACGAAAUUGUCUUGUGAUAAACAUAGAUCUAUCGGUAUUGGUGUACAAGGGUUAGCAGAUGCGUUCAUCUUAAUGAGAUAUCCAUUUGAAAGCCAAGAGGCUAAUAAACUCAACGUCCAAAUUUUUGAGACUCUUUAUUAUGGUGCUCUAGAAGCUAGUUGCGAAAUAGCUGCCCAAAAAGGUCCUUAUGAGUCAUAUGAAGGCAGCCCAGUCAGUAAAGGUAUUCUCCAAUACGAUAUGUGGAAUGUGAAGCCAACGGAUUUAUGGGAGUGGGAUAUUUUAAAGGCAAAAAUUGCCAAACACGGAGUGCGCAAUUCUUUGUUAAUAGCGCAAAUGUCGGAUGCAUUUAUGGCGCAAAUGUUAGAAAACAAUGUAUCAAUUGAACCAUACACGAGCAACAUAUAUAUGAUGUAUGCGUUAUCGAAACAAUUUCUGAUCGUUAAACCACGUUUACUACGUGAUCUAAUCGAGAAGGGUCUUUGGGAUGAAAAUAUGUGCAACAAAAUUAGGGCUAACGGCGGAUCUAUACAAAAUAUCGAGGGUAUACCUGAAGAUUUAAAGCUGCUUUACAAAACCGUUUGGGAAAUGCCACAAAAAAUUAUUUUUGAAAUGGCAGCUUCUCGGGGACCUUUCAUUGAUCAGUCACAGUGUUUAAAUGUUCAUAUGGUUGAUCCAUUAGACAAGCUUACAUCCUUGCAUUUUUACGCUUGGGAAAUUGGUUUAAAAUCCAGUAUGCAUUAUCUGGUAACUGACAGAAAUAACAUGAAAUAGUUAAGACCAACAUUCAAAUAAAAAUCAUGUAACAGAUAAAAUAAAAAUAGUACAUUUACAUCAAGAUAAAAGUAAAGUUUUUUAAAAAAUAAAAUAUUGUAAUAAAA